AUGCCUCCACCUCAUCCUCCAUUACAUCUUUUACCUCUUUCUCCACCUCGUCCCCCUCCUCCACCACCACCACCAAACAAAGUCCUCUACGUUGGCAGCCUCCUUUCAGAUACCAAUUCUGCCGGUUUAAACAAGUAUUUCUCUGAAGUUUAUAACCUUCUCGACUCACAGCCAGGCUUGAUACGUGUGAAGAUUCUUCUCAACCACAACCAAACAGAAGCCUACGCCCUUGCCUACUACGAGACCGUAGAGAACGCUACCGCUGCAAUGGAAGGUCUCAAGAAUGCAAAGACUCCGGGAACCCAGAGGCCUCUUCAAGUGACAUAUGCAACAUCUCCCAAGACUGGUCUUACCACUGAGCUCCCUGAUGUGGCUCAAACCCUCGCAGGGAAUAAAUCUUCCAACACAGGAUCUCGGACUUCCAGGAGAGGUAGGCCUCAAUCCGAUACUUCCCUACCAGAAUGGACUCCGAAUACUAGAGGUCAGGGAUUGCUUGGUGAUAGACCACUGUCCAUUAUCGCCCCACCAGAGCAGACUAAAAGUCCUAUGUUAUUUGGCGAUAAGUCUUUGGAUAGCGUUACUCUGCCAGAGUGGACUUCGAAUGUUAGAGGUCCCGGAUUACUUGGUGAUAAGGAGUUUGUCCCCGGUAACCAUAACAUCACCGCCGAUAGGCCGCUCGCUCAUUUUAACACCAUGCUUGGAGGUAGCAAAUAUGCUCCUGCCAUGCGCGAAACGCCAGGGUUGUCUUCUGGUCCCGUGGGCGACAAGAAGGUGAUCGAGUUCGAAAGAAAGAAACUCGAACAGGAAGAGAAGCUCAAGAAGAACGAGCUCAGGCAGGAGGAGCUCAGGCAGAAGGAGCUCAAGCGGAAGGAGCAGGAGCUCAAGCAAGAGGAGCUCAGGCAAAGGGAGCUUAAAGAGAAAGAGCUCAGGGUGAAGAGAAAUGGGUCUAAGAAACUUCAGGAACUUAUCAAGGAGAAGGAAAACGACGCAUUACUCAAUAAACAAACAAUGAAAAACCUUAGGAAAAGCGAAUCAAAGAAAGAGCUCGGGGAGGCCACACAGAAGGAGGAGGAACCGCUUAGGAAAGAACCCACGACAAAUAGUACCCAAGGGCUCAGAGAAAAGGAACUUAAGCAGAAUAAUCUCCAAGAAGAGCUGAAAAAAAUGCACCAAGAACUCAUUGAUAAGAAGGGUGCAGCGCUAGUAACUGCAGGGGAGAAGGCCGCUAAUGAGGUUGAUGCUGGGAGAAAGACGCGCGAGGAAAUCAACAAAAUGGUACUAAGAGAACAGCCUGCAUAUGAGGAACGUGAUCAGAAACCUAAAGCAAAGUACCAGGCCGAGGGUCCCAUCCUUGAACAGGGGGGUCUUGUGAAGGGAGACUUCAGUGAUAUCGAACGUAUACAAGGAAAUAUUCGACAUGAGCUGAGAGGAAACAUCAGUCUCACGGAUAGAUUGAUGCUACUUAGUGCGAGAGGGCCCAAGCAGAUGACGGUUGAAAAGAAUCCGCACGUUCAAAAAGAAAUCCAAGUCAAAGAAACAAUCAACACAACAACUAUCCCCAAUACUAGCACCUCAAGUUUUAUGCGCCCCGCAACAACCCCGACAGAUGGAGGAAUGGGAGAAAUGCUUGAGGCAUCGAUAGGUAUGGAGGGGUUUGGUAUAACUGAGGAGGAGUGGGAUGAUGCGUUCUAG